AUGUCGUGUGAGUCGAAUUGCCACCUCCAGCCAUGGAGCAAUGCAACUGAAGAAGAAGGCAUCGCUGUUGCAUCAGCCGCUUUUGUCUUAUUUUCUGGAUAUCACUUACUUAAUAAAAUUAAGAAGAAGAAAAGGCGCUGGUGGAUGACAUCGUUCAAUAAGAGCCGGUCAAGAUACAAUGGAUCAGAUAUGCUAUCCGAUUUGUUAAAGAGCCGAGUAAGAAAUUUGGAAAUUUCUGUAGAAUCUCACCAGAAGAUUACGAAUAUCUUAUGA